UAUCACUCCCCCACAACCACACAUCCAACAAGCUCACCUCCUUCUCCUUGCAACAAAGCCUCCCUGUUCACUCUCUCGCAGCAGCAAGCUAGAGAAAAAAGAGAUGGCCAAGGACGAAGUGGUGGAGAGCGGCGGCGACUUCGCAGCCAAGGACUACACGGACCCGCCCCCCGCGCCGCUCAUCGACGCGGCGGAGCUUGCGUCGUGGUCGCUGUACCGCGCCGUCAUCGCGGAGUUCAUCGCCACGCUGUUGUUCCUGUACAUCACGGUGGCGACCGUGAUCGGGUACAAGCACCAGACGGACGUGUCCGUGAACGGCACCGACGCACCGUGCGGUGGGGUGGGCAUCCUGGGCAUCGCGUGGGCCUUCGGCGGCAUGAUCUUCGUGCUCGUCUACUGCACUGCCGGCAUCUCCGGCGGCCACAUCAACCCGGCCGUCACCUUCGGCCUCUUCCUGGCCCGCAAGGUGUCCCUGGUGCGCGCGCUGCUCUACAUGAUCGCGCAGUGCCUGGGCGCCAUGUGCGGCGUGGGGCUCGUCAAGGCCUUCCAGAGCGCCUACUUCCAGCGCUACGGAGGCGGCGCCAACACGCUCGCCGCCGGCUACUCCAAAGGCACGGGGCUCGCCGCCGAGAUCAUCGGCACCUUCGUGCUGGUGUACACCGUCUUCUCCGCCACCGACCCCAAGCGCAGCGCCCGUGACUCGCACGUCCCGGUGCUGGCUCCCCUCCCCAUCGGCUUCGCCGUGUUCAUGGUCCACCUCGCCACCAUCCCCAUCACCGGCACCGGCAUCAACCCGGCCAGGAGCCUCGGAGCCGCCACCAUCUACAACAAUGAGAAAGCAUGGGAUGACCAGUGGAUCUUCUGGGUCGGGCCAAUGGUGGGAGCGGCCAUCGCGGCCUUCUACCACCAGUACAUCCUCAGGGCCGGCGCCAUCAAGGCACUAGGCUCCUUCAGGAGCAACGCCUAAGUGUUCCAUUUCCAUGUCUCAUCUGCAAGCUGAAGCAAUGGCGACCUGUCUUCUUCUUCUUCAGGGAGGAGGAGGCUGCGGGACAAAAAUAAGACAUUUCAAAGAGUUUGUCGCUGCAUCAGUCUUCGUGCUUUGUUUCAGCAGCUUCAUGCGUGCGUGCGUGUCUGCCUUCUUCCAUGUAUUCGAUCCAUCGUGCGUGCGUGCGAAUGUGUUGUAAUUCUGUCAAAUGGGAUCCCUUGUCUUAAUUAAUUACUAGCAUGUACUCAUGUCCUGCUUUA